UGGGGGUGGAGCGGCCAGCCCUCCCGAGCAGCCCUUCUGUGCCCGCCUUUGUCCGACAGAUUAAACACCUGCCAUUAAAACCCCCCGGAUUUGGGAUCCAGGGUGGCUCCUCGGCCCUGUAUGCGCGGGCCUCAGAUCAGGGUGCCAGUUCUGGAGCCCUCAGGAAAAGAAGGGCAUUGAGGGGCUGAAGCGUGUCCAGAGAAGGGAACGGGGCUGGAGCAUAAGGAGGAAGAUCUGGAGAACUCCUGAGGGAGCUGGGGGGGCUCAGCCUGGAGAAAAGGAGGCUCAGGGGGGACCUUUGGGCUCUGGAACCCCCUGACAGGAGGGGGGAGCCAGGUUGGGGUCGGGCUCUGCUCCCAGGGAACAAGGGACAGGAGGAGAGGGAAUGGCCAGGAGAUGUUCAGGUUGGACAUCAGGAGGAAUUUCCCCAUGGAAAGGGUGCUCAGGCACUGGAAGAGGCUGCCCAGGGAGGUUUGGAGCCCCCAGCCCUGGAGGUGCCCAAGGAAGGGUGGAGGUGGCACUCAGUGCUGGGGGACAGGAGCACCUUGAGGGAUGCCCAAGAAGUUCCAGGGGGAAAACACCAAGUCGGCUGCUGCCCGAGCGAGGAAAGCCGAGGCCAAGGCAGCGGCCGAUGCCAGGAGGCAGCAGGAGCUGGAAGAUGCCUACUGGAAGGACGAGGACAAACACGUGAUGAGGAAGGAGCAGAGGAAGGAGGAGCGGGAGAAGCGGCGGCUGGAGCAGCUGGAGCGCAAGAAGGAGCUGCAGCGCCUGCUGGAGGAGGAGGACUCCAAGCUCAAAGGGAAGUCACCCAAGCAGGUCACUCCAGGGAAGGUCACCAGGGCCCAGAUCGAGGAGACAAUCAGGAAAGACCAGCAGCAGAAGGAGAACGCGGAUACAGCGGAGAAGACCCACCUGGAAGUCCCCUUGGAGGAGAACAUCAACAGGAGGGUGCUGGAGGAGGGCUCGGUGGAGGCCAGGACCAUCGAGGACGCCAUCGCUGUGCUCAGCGUGGCCAACGACGGGGACAGGCACCCCGAGCGCCGCAUGAAAGCCGCCUUCACCGCCUUCGAGGAGCUGCACCUGCCCCGCCUGAAGCAGGAGAACCCCAACAUGCGCCUGUCCCAGCUCAAGCAGCUCCUCAAGAAGGAGUGGAUGAGGUCCCCGGAGAACCCCAUGAACCAGAGGCACAAGGCCUACAACAGCCACAAGUAGAACUCGAGCUGCUCCUCCGGCCUCCCCCGCCCCCGGCCCCGGACUGUUGGCAGUGGAAGCGGGAGACACGAGGAGCGUCCUCUCCUCCGCUUUCCCUUCCCUGUCCCCGCUUUCUCCUUGGAUUUCAGAGGAGCACGAGGCCACCGCCCGCCCAGGGACGCUCUUGUGUCCCCCCCUGGACAGACUAACGCCACCUUCACCUUCCCAGAUCCGGGCGUUCCCUGACAAAACCAGCUACUAACUCGCUUCCAGACCUCCAGCAGGUCCAGGUGGGGACCCCCGUGGUGGCCACCCCCUCCCAGACUGUCCCUGUGCCCGCCCUCGCGCUCUGCAGAGGGAUUUUGGAACCAUCCCGUGGAAGGCACCUGCUCCCUGCUCCCCGUGCCAUCCUUGGGGUGCCCCCGAAGAGAUUCCAGACUGGGAUUGCUGUUCCUCCAGCUGCCUCUCCGCUCUUGGUCUCAGCCCCAGCGGGAGCAGGAGGGUGGGGAAGAGGGGAUGGCCACGUUCUCUCCAGGAGGAACGGGAGAGAUGCCAGCCCGGCGUGGUUCCUGCCCCCUCUGGCUAGGGCUCUGGUGCCAGGCUACUCUGUGGGACAUUCCCAGUGCCCCUGACAAUGGAAGCUGCUGCUUCUCCCAUCCCUUCUUCCUGGGCUCAGGCCAGAAGGUGCCAUGUGGGCCUUUGGAAAGGGAGGUGACACCAACCCCCCGUGCCACCUCUGCUCCCCUGGGGGUCCCUGUGCUGGCCCAGGCAGGAGGAAUGGGAUGAGCUCCCGUGGGAAUGCGAGUGAGAUCUGUGAGCUCCCUUGGGAAUGCCAGGUGAGAUCCCUGGGCUCCCUUGGGAAUGUGUGAGAGCCUUAGCCCGGGAGCCACAGCACAGUCCUGCCCUCACCUCCAGCAGCCGCUGGGUUUUCCUCUCUUCCCUCUCUUUUUCCAUCUUCUGGUCUCCUUUGGGAGUGAAACUCCUUCUCCAAGGAAUUCCUCCCGGUGGCUCCAGGGCCUGGGGGUGUCACACUCAUGGCUGCUCAUCCCACGGGAUUGAAUCAGACUCAUCCCAAGCCGGGCUGAGCCUUUGAAGCUGAGCCUCUGUGGCUGUUUUGGGGCUGCCCCCAGCCCUCUGCACCCCCCUAAAGGGGCUGGGCUGGCCAGUGCCCCCCCUGCACCCCCAGACCCAGCCAGGGAGGAAUGAACCCCCCCUCUAUCCCUUUUCUGUGAGAGUUUGUUGUGUUUGAACCCAAUUAAAAAUUAAAAAACA